AUGAGGCUCCCCUUCCUCCACCGCUCCAACCCUUCGCCGGAAGAAAAGCCCUCGGACCCGGUCAUAGCUGUCGCGGAGGGACACGAGUCGAUUCGGUUGCAUGUGCACAACCGUACGCGCACCGACUUUCUCGCGCACUCGGUGUUUGGUGCGCUCCAUACGGCGCCUACGACCCAGCGAGCUGUGUCGUCCAGUCUUUCUGCAUCGCCGGAUCCGAACAGUGGGGGGUUUGGUGUGCGCAGUACGCCGUUGCGGCUUGCGUCGGGCGGGCAGGUGCAGGUGCCACCCGUGAGGAUCCAGCCGCAAACAGCCGCUGCCACCGCGGGGUAUACUGUCAGCCUGACGCUCAGUCCGCGCAACACGCCCGCAUACACAGCUACACUUUCGGCGCCCGCACCCACACUGCCCGUAGAGGCAAGGAACGGCUGGAAGCCUCUCAGCUUAACCUCGACAAGUGGCGGGCUGGGAAGGAAGGGGGAGGAGGUAUAUGCGUUGCAAUCCACCGAUGCAGCGACCAACACGGUGCACGUUCUGCUGCUGUCUCGCAUCGAUAUGGCCGCAUGGAUGGCGACGCUACCGGACGGGGAUUUGAUCUCCUCGCUGUGUGUGCCGGGCACGCACGAGAGCUGUGCACUCUACGGAUGGCCCAUCUCGGCAUGCCAGGACUCGGCCGCUUCGAUAGCGUACCAGCUCUCGCGCGGGGUCCGGUUCCUCGACGUCCGUCUUGCGCUCAAGGGCAGUCCGGGAUCGCAGGCGCUCUAUGCCUACCACGGCGUGACCGACCAAAAGAUCGAAUUCUCCGCCAUCCUCACCCAGGUGUAUUCGUUCCUGUCGACCUCGCCGCGCGAAACGGUGCUCAUGUCGGUCAAGCAGGAGAACAACAUGGCCGGCUUCCUAGAUGCCGUCUUUACCUACAUCAACAAGAAUUCCGCAGCUUGGUAUUUGGCAACGGGCAUUCCGAGGCUGGGCGAUGUGAGAGGCAAGAUCGUCUUGGUCUCGAGGUUUGGCUCGUCGAAUCAGCAGCCAGGGGGCAUUCAUCCACCCAUCUGGCCCGACUCGUCCCCCACUGCUUUUAGCUAUACCCUUCCCGAUGGACGCAGCGUGGUCACGCAGGACUGGUAUAACAUUGGAUCGCUCUCUGCCAUCCCCACCAAACUCGGCCUCAUCUCAGCACUCCUAGCCCAAACAGGAUCCAACACCGAUGUGCUCGGAUUGAACUUCACCAACGGAUCGAGCUUUCCCAUGGCUCUCCCGCCUUGGGUGGCUAAAGGCUCGGGCGACCAGUCGGCACAAAGCGCGGGCUGGAUGUCGACUAGGGGUGUCAAUGCUUUGCUCGUCGAUUUGGUCGCGGCCAAACUCGCCAACCCGCAAGGCAAAAGAGCCGGGCUAAUGAACAUCUUUGCACUCGACUUUUUCGACCAGCCCGGUCUAAACGCCGACCUGGCCACACUCAUCGUCCAAGCCAACUUCAUCUAG